AAAAGCAGGGAAGCCAUCUGAGCCUCAUGGAAAAUUCGAGAUUAUCAAUGUACAGUUAUGGGCAUUUAUUGUGCGGUUGGAGCAGCGGUGUAGUUCUUUUGUGGAUGGAUGAUGGCGAUUUGCUGGUCAGAUACUUGCAACACUACUGUGCACUGGAGGACGCUUGCUAGAAUAUCUAGACGUCAAGAUGUAACUUCAUGUUUGGAUAUUGCUAGCCAAGCAGCUAUCACACACGUCGAGCUUUCAGCCUACCAUGUGACUUCUGCAUGUGACGUCCAUCUGGGGAUCCUUAGCAUAUUGACCCAUUUAGGUGGGGAUCCCCAAUACAAUUAUUUUUUGGCCUUGAAAGACUUAAUAGAUCGUGAGAAUACAAAUUUGUUUGAAGAGAAAGGCUCAAGGCAAACAGGCUGCAUUUUUAAAUUGUAGACAUAUCUAGGAGCACAAAACUCCAUAUUUUUAUGUUGAGAAACAAAAAUUGCAAAAAUACUCAGCUAACUAAAAAUUUGGUGAAUAUAAGACUCAAGUGCUCAACUUUUUGGUGGGCCUGUCAUAACAAAAACUUGUUCUGUGGAACUGCAAAAGCCAGAAGCAUGCUAUUGCUUGUUCUGCCUCUGACUAUAUGGUUUUUUCUCUAUUGAGGAUUUGGAGGGCGGCUAUUUGCGGCACACACCCUUGAGCCCCACUCAAGAAGUUCUUUACUGGUAUCAUCCUUGUGAACAAUAACUUCAAUGAAGCACAAGCAAUCUUUCUUAUCACCCAUCGCUGUUUCAAUUGCUCCGAUCAGCUCCUGUUCAUUCCUGGCCUGUUACAAAACCAUAUAUUCAUUCACUUUUCUUAAUAGUGACUUCAAAUUUACCAUUCAAUUUAAAACACUGAACCCUUGUAGCAAAUUAACCUUUUGUGUCCAGCAAUUUCCUUCACCAUUGUGGAUUGCAUCCACUAAGCCUGUAUAAUUCCAGUUCUUGAUCACAUUAUAAGGGCCAUCAUGGAUUUCAACUUCUAUAGUGUAUCCGCCAUUGUUUAUUAGAAAGAUGAUGGGCUUUUGAUUAUUCCGUAUCAUUGUUGAUACAUCUUGUGCAGUCACCUG